UUCCGGCUUCCUUGCUGGUGUCGGCUCGGAGAGAUCUGGCUUAUCUGGACUCUGUAGUUCUCCAACAGAGAAAUCUUGAAAAGGACUGACCGGUUCUUGCAGUUGGAAACAAUGGCCCAUGGUUCAGUGACAUUCAGAGAUGUGGCCAUAGACUUCUCACAGGAAGAAUGGGAAUUCCUGGACUCAGCUCAGAGGGACUUAUAUAGGGAUGUCAUGUGGGAGAAUUAUAGCAACUUCAUCUCACUAGGACCUUCCAUUUCUAAACCAGAUGUGAUUACCUUAUUGGAUGAAGGGAAGGAGCCCUGGAUGGUUGUAAGGGAAGGGACAAGAAGACAUCACCCUGAUUUGGAGUCCAGAUACAGGACCAAUACUUUAUCUCCAGCAAAGGACAUUUAUGAAAUAUAUUCAUUCCAGUGGGAGAUAAUGGAAAGAAUUAAAAGCUAUGGCCUUCAGGACUCCUUUUUUAGAAAUGAUUGGGAAUGCAAAAGCAAGAUUGAGGGGCAAAAGGAACCACAAGAGGGAUAUUUUGGGCAAGUGAAAAUUGUUUCUGAAAAAAUGUCCACUUACAAAAGGCAUAAUCUUCUUGCUGAGUAUCAGAGGAUUCAUAAUGGAGAAAAGUUAUAUGAAUGUAAGGAAUGUAGGAAGACCUUUAUUCGUCGCUCAACACUUAGUCAACACCUGAGAAUUCAUACUGGUGAAAAACCUUACAAAUGUAAAGAAUGUGGGCAGGCCUUUAGACAGCGUGCACACCUUAUUAGACAUCACAAACUUCAUACUGGUGAGAAACCCUAUGAAUGUAAGGAAUGUGGGAAGGCCUUUACAGUCCUCCAAGAACUUACUCAACAUCAGAGACUUCAUACUGGUGAAAAGCCCUAUGAAUGUAAGGAAUGUGGGAAGGCCUUUAGAGUACAUCAGCAGCUUGCUCGACAUCAGAGAAUUCACACUGGUGAGAAGCCCUAUGAAUGUAAGGCAUGUGGAAAGACUUUUAGGCAGUGUACACACCUUACUCGACAUCAGAGACUUCAUACUUCUGAGAAGCUCUAUGAAUGUAAGGAAUGUGGGAAGGCCUUCGUAUGUGGUCCAGACCUUAGAAUACAUCAGAAAAUUCAUUUUGGGGAGAAACCCUAUGAAUGUAAGGAAUGUGGAAAGGCUUUUAGAAUAUGCCAACAGCUUACUGUCCAUCAGAGUAUUCAUACUGGUGAGAAACCCUAUGAAUGUAAAGAGUGUGGGAAGACUUUUAGAUUAAGGCAACAACUUGUUCGCCAUCAGAGAAUUCAUACUCGUGAGAAACCCUAUGAAUGUAUGGAAUGUUGGAAGACCUUUAGUAGUUACUCACAACUUAUUUCCCAUCAGAGCAUUCAUAUUGGUGAGAGACCUUAUGAAUGUGAAGAAUGUGGGAAGGCCUUUAGACUACUCUCACAACUUACUCAACAUCAGAGUAUUCAUACUGGUGAGAAACCUUAUGAAUGUAAGGAAUGUAGAAAGCCUUUUAGAUUGCUCUCACAACUUACUCAACAUCAGAGUAUUCAUACUGGAGAGAAACCUUAUGAAUGUAAGGAAUGUGGUAAAGCUUUUAGACUUUAUUCUUUUCUUACUCAACACCAGAGAAUUCAUACUGGUGAGAAACCCUACAAAUGUAAGGAAUGUAAGAAGGCCUUUAGACAACAUUCACACCUUACUCAGCAUCAGAAAAUUCAUAAUGGAAUUUAAUACAAGAAGGCUUUCAAAUGUACAUGUUACAGAACAUCAGAAAAUUCAUUUUUGAGAAAAUUUGUUUCAUGCUCAUAACUAAGCAUUAAAAAUUUAUAUUUCAGAAAAAAUUGUUGCUUUAAAACCUUCCACCUCCAUUCAGACAUUGUUUAUCUUCAGCAAAUUUAUAUGAGGAAAUAAUAUAAUGAAUGCAGGAAGAUCUUUAGCCUUAUCUAUCAUUAUCACCAUUUCACCCCUUUAUUACCAGUGUGUUAUUAGAUAAGGUACUUAAAUUUCUGUGCCUCAUUUUGCUCACUUGUAAAAUGGUGAUAGUAGUACCUAUGUAUAUUAGUUAUUUAUUGCUGUGUAAUAAAUUACCACAAACUUAGUAGCUUAAAAUAAUACACAUUAUCUCAGUUUCUGUGGGUCAGGAGUCUAGGCAUAACUUAGUUGGGUUCUCUGCUUCAGGGCCUCUCACAAGGCUAAAAUCAAGAUUUCAACCAUGGCUGAGUCUCAUCGGAAGGCUCAACU